ACCCAGUUUCAGUCGUUCAGAAGCAAACUCGACGUCAGUCGAUUUCUUUUUUUUCUCGCGCGUGCGUGGAACAUCCCGUAACAAUUUUUCUCGACUCGAUGUAACGAACUAUAUCGAGGGUCGGCAACCUAAGCGCGCGUUAAAGGGUGUCACGAAUAAUCGCGUGGAUUUUGUCUUCUACGCGCGAUUUACCCGCGCAAAUGCUUCUCUUCUCCUUCUGUCUACCCUUCGUGGAUAUUUUAUUAAACUCAAGCAUGUGCGAUGAGAAAUUGAGCAAGAAUCCAACGUGUAUGAUGAAAGGGGCUCAUUAGUAUGCUGGAUAAGCGACGGCUCCAUGCUUCCGGUACGUCGCCAUGCACCCUCAUCUUCGUGGUCGUUCUGGCACUAACUGGAUGCUUCUCGUUCUGGAUUCACAUCGAUGGUUCAGGAUCACUGAUCCCUUACUUCAACGGCGGUGCGGCCGCGCCAGGAUAUAUCCUUAUAUUUCCCGGAAACGUCACGCCCUCCGCGCAACCCUAUUCGAUAAACGAACUUCCGUCCGAUGAUAAAACCACGCUGAUCAACAUCACGGACUUCAGAUUCAUCAUGAACCACAAUCCCUGCAAUCGUACGCAACCGUUGCUGCUAAUGUUGGUUCAUUCGGCGCCGGGAAACUUCCCGAAGAGGCAUGUCGUACGAGAGACCUGGGGUCAACAAGCGCCAGACGUGACUUUAUUGUUUCUCGUGGGAUACUCGGAGGAGUAUCAGUCCAGGCUCGAGGAGGAGAAUAAGAAAUAUCAAGACUUAAUACAGGGAAACUUUCUUGAUGCCUAUAGAAACAUGACCUACAAGCACGUUAUGGGAUUAAAGUGGGCUACUUAUUACUGUCCAAGUGCCAAAUAUAUACUUAAAUUAGACGAUGACGUUUUUGUUCAUUUACCGGCCAUGCUGGACUUUCUAACGCGUGGCCUCUCGCCGUGGGGUGCAAGACGUCUGAUUCUCUGUGAUCUUCUGUCGGCUUCCACAGUGAAGAGAUCCUGGCGCUCAAAAUGGCGCGUCUCUCCUCAGGAGUAUCCCGGUAGACUUUAUCCCACGUACUGUGCCGGAUGGGCGAUCUUAUACUCCCCCGAUAGUGUAUUUAUACUAUAUCGCGAAGCCCAGAAGGAGCCAUACUUCUGGAUCGACGAUGUGCACGUUACUGGGACACUGGCUAGGAAAGUAAAUUUAACGCAAACCUCACUACACUCUUGGGUGCUUACGACCGAGAGCAUGCGGGACCUGUUGUCGAAUCCGAGUGCUCGACGAGAUUUUCUGUUCGGGCCUCCGGAUUUAACGGAGAGUGGAAUACGAGCCUUACAUAGUCUGGUUACUAAACCACGGCCUAGCAGCGAGAGCCUAUUGAAUUAAACACGUCUAAUAGAACAAUUUCGGUUAUAUUUCGGGUGUAAUGUGAGAGAAAGGGAGGAGAGAGAAGACAUACGAACAGUGAGUGUUCUUAUACUUUCCGCGUAUCUCUUAAUUCUAUAUACAUGCGUAUAUCUGUACAAUAGUCCAAUGUAAGUGUUCGAUUAUUUGCACAAACGCCAUGUUAUGCAUAAUGCAUACGUAAUAGUGCGUUACAUAUAUGUGCAUAUGUGUGUAACAUAUUGUUACAUGGUAAUUAUUCUACAUAUGAUGUGAACAAAAUAUUAGGGAACUUAUAAUUGUCUUAUUUAAUCAAGGAUUGAAACCGGUAUAAUUUCAGUUUCAAUUGAAUUUAGUUUCUCGCACUAAAAUGAAACACUACAUCAAUUGUCGCAUUUGCAGGGUUUCGAAUGACAUAGGGAUCAAACUUUCCAGAUUUGUGGAGAAUGGAGAAUUGGAGUUUAAACUUAGUUGAAUAAAAUACUGAUUUCAAUCCCUAUAUAUCGAAACAAUAGAUGAAGAAAAUGUUUUAAUCAAAUAUUUUACUUUUAAAACUUAAGAGAAUUCUAUUUUUGUCUAGUAUUUUUUUCUAGUAUUCUAGACUAUUUAAUAAACUAGUUAAUUUGUAAUCAGGGCUUGUAAUUGAACAUUGUUUUACGUUAAAAGUAAAAACAAUAUUCUCGAUUUAUAUUUGACAUAAAUUUUUUAAAUUUCUGAAUUAUUCAAGUCAUCGCAUAAAUAAUAUAUAAUAAUAUCUAAUAAUUUAUAGCACAAUUGCAAUUGAUACCUGAUUUUUUAAUGUAUAGAUUAUAUUAGCCAUUUCUAUACGAUCACUCUAUAGGACGCACAUAUGCACGCACAUACAUUUUUAGAUCUCUAUAUCAAAUGAGGCGAAAAAUCGACAAAAAUGUUCUUCGAUUAUUUCGAAUCAAUUUAAUAUUUUUCUUUACAAUAUCUGUCGCGCAAAAUUGAAUAAAUAAAUAAAUAUAUAUAUAUAAUUAAUUUUUUAAUACAUGUAUAUGAUCAAUUUUUUAACCAAUCAUUUAUGAGCCCUGAUUAUUGUAUUUGAAUUAAGUUCAAUCUGAGUUCAAUCAUAUGAGAAGUUUUGAUAUAAAUUUCGAAUAUUUUAAUUUAAAAGAAAAAUAAAAUCACCUAUUUUUUUAUUUAUAUUUAUAAAAUGCCAACACAGUAUAUGAAGGAAUAAUAUUAGUAUAUUUAAAGAAUUUUACGUAUCUCGUGGUGGAAGACAUUCUCCUCUCGCAGUGAUAAAAAUUUGCGAGAGAUGAGUGUGUCAUACUUCAUUGUAAAUUUAUUAAUCGGCGACAAGAGACGAGUGAUGAGUUCGUACAUGGAGCCACACUGAAUGUAUUUAAAUGUAAUGUAAUUGACGAGCAAAUUUAAGAUAUUACAUUGUUAUGCAAUUAACGAAUCGAAUUAAUAUUGUUAUGUAGCAACAAGUACAACCCCAAAACAAGGGUCCACUCGCAAUUAGAGAUUGCAGAUAUCUGUCUGUUUUUGAAUGUCUAUAAAUUUUUUAUGUGAAUUCGGUUUUUCUUUCUUGAUUUGACCACUCACGAUUAUAUUCGGUACUAUGAAAAGUAUGUGCCUGCAAAUUGUAAUGUGUCAAGAAACGUAACAUUUAGUCUAUUUAGCUUUUAGUUACGUUUAGUGAUUUUUAUAGGAUAUCGAUGAUCGAUGUGACAACUCCGACAUUACUUCACAUUGUACAUUCUCUCUUUUGAUCUAAAAAUACAACGAAUAUGUCUAUGGAAUAAA